AGAACAAAUUUUGCUAUUUGUAUCAUCAACUCUCUGUGACACUUCAACUUCUACUCCUCUUCUUGUUCUUCUUCACACAAGUCUUCUCAUCCACCGUCAAUAUUCUUUCUUCUUUAUCAAUUCAAUGGUGUUUGUAUCUAUUCCAAGCUUUAUUACCCCUCCCAGAUUUCCAACAAAGAGUACGGUUAUUAUUCCCUAACAAUCCAAAAUAACCCUAACGAAUCAAUAUAAAUGACGGUCUCUCUAUCUCUCAUCGGAGUUGCUCAUUAUGAAACUCACUCACUUCUUCGCUGUGUGAAACAAAAAUCGUCUUUACACUCUCGAAUCGGUUGAUUAACCGUUCGAUUGGCAUGGCGGAUCCAAUGAAACGGCCGAGAGAAGCGGAGACGGAAACCUAUGGCGUCACAGGGGAGAUUGCGGCCGGCGAGGAUUCCAUUAACGAUGAUGUAAAGGAACGAGAAGAGAAACCUGCUCUAGCGCAAAGAAAGAUGAACUCGAUUAACAUGGGAAAGAGAAAAUUAAGCAAUCCGCCCUCAAAAUCGAAGAAAGAGAACACGGUGAAAAAAGAAGUAGAAGAAAUUGAAUAUUCGACCGAUGAACAGACAACUCAACCCAAAGUUAAAGAAGAAAAAGAUGGGCCAAGUAAAGACGAGGAAAUACUUGAUGAAGAUAACCAGCUCGACUCUGCUAGUGUGAAAGAGAAUGAUGCCUCUCAUAAGAGAACACGUAGAGCUGCUUCUAAGGUAUCUUAUAUAGACGUGUCUGGGGACGAAGAAGAAUUUGAUGAAGGGGUUUCUCGAAAAAAAAGACGUUCAAAGACCAGGACGAAAACCACGGCCUCAAAAAGCAAAGGCCUGGUGGAUGGUGAACCUAAUAAACAUGAUGAAGGUGCAGCAAAAAAGAUUGAGGAAGAAGGAAAUAUAAGUGAAGCUAAGGAUUGUGAAUCAGAUGAAGGUGACAAAAAGGGAACCCCCUCAAAGGAAGACAAGAAAAAUGCACAUAAUGGAGGGAGAAAGAUGCGUGGUCAUUCGAACAGUGAUUGCAAAGAUGUAGAAGACGAACAUUAUGGGCUCAGGCAUCGAAAACAAGAAAUGCAAGGAAAGAUUAACAAGCAUGAUCCAGAAUGGAUUGCUGAGAAGUCUGUUAUGUGCCAUCAAUGCCAGAGGAAUGAUAAAGGUCGUGUUGUUCGUUGCCAAAAAUGUAGAAGAAAGAGAUACUGUAUCCCUUGUUUAACCACUUGGUAUCCACAUAUGAAAGAAGAUGAAGUUGCUGAAUGCUGCCCAGUUUGUCGUGAAAAUUGCAAUUGUAAAGCAUGCCUGCGGUUAGAUGUCCCACUCAAAAGACUGAAUGACCCAAAACCAGCUGUCAGUGAUGAUGAAAAAGUUCAAUAUUCCAAGUAUAUAAUGCAGGCACUUCUUUCAUAUUUGAAGCAAAUAAAUGAUGAACAAAUGAGAGAGAAGGAAGUGGAGGCCAAAAUACAUGGUUUACCACUUGAAGACUUGCUGGUAGAGAAUGCAGGAUGUGCCACUGAUGAGCGAGUAUACUGUGACAUUUGCAGAACCUCUAUCUUCGAUUUCCAUCGGAGCUGCUCACACUGUUUUUCUGAUCUUUGCCUUACCUGUUGUUGGGAACUUCGCAAUGGAAAACUCAUGGCAAGUACAGAGAAAGUGGUGGUGGAGUAUGCUGACAAUGGUUUUAAGUAUUUGCAUGGUGGAAAAAAAAGGCCAAAAAGAGUUUCAUCUGAGACUAUGGAUAAUGUAUGUUCACCUUCUAAUUGGAGGGUGAUGGAAGAUCAAAGCAUCUUUUGCAACUGUGGUAAAGGCAUUCUUGAAUUGAAGUCUAUAUUAGGCUAUUCGGUGUCAGAGCUGCUCACAAAAGCUGAAGAUGUUGUGGAAUCUUUAGAUCUUGGGGAUACUAUAACAAAUGCAGGACAAUGCUGUUCAUGUUUUACUACUACGGGUGAACAAAACUUAAAUGGCGAGAAGUCAGUAAAAGUUUCUUCUCGAAAUGAUUCAAAUGACAACUAUUUAUACUCCCCAAAGGCGAAAGAUAUUCUUCAUGAGGAUUUGAGGCAUUUUCAGCUGCACUGGGCGAAGGGUGAGCCGGUGAUAGUUAGAAAUGCACUUGAAACUGGAUCUGGCUUAAGCUGGGAGCCACUUGUUAUGUGGCGUGCGUUCCGCCAGAUAGCCAAUCUAAAGCAUGGGAAGCAUCUGGAUGUACCAGCCAUAGAAUGUCUGGAUUGGUGUGAGGUAAUCAUUAAUAUCCAUGAGUUCUUUGUUGGAUACACAAAGGGCCGAUUUGAUGAAUAUAUGUGGCCUCAAAUAUUGAAACUGAAAGACUGGCCCCCGUCUACUCAAUUUGAAGAAAGAUUGCCACGCCAUGGUCUUGAAUUUCUUCAUUCUUUACCAUUUAAGGAGUACACACAUCCUAGACUUGGACCAUUAAAUCUUGCCACUAAAUUGCCUGUGGAAUGUCUAAAGCCAGACAUGGGGCCAAAGACAUAUAUUGCUUAUGGAAUCAAUCAAGAGCUUGGACGUGGAGAUUCUGUAACCAAGUUGCAUUGUGACAUGUCUGAUGCGGUGAAUAUCCUGACACAUAUUGCUGAAGUGUCCCUAACACCUAAUCAGCAGAGGGAAAUUGACAAUUUGAAACGAGAACACUUUGCGCAGGACCAGAGAGAAAUAUGGAAUGUUGAAAAUGACUUGCAUGGUGGCUCGUCUAGUGGUGAAAGUGUGUGUGAAAAACAUGUUAGUAUUGAAACAACACAUCUAUGUCAACAGGAUAACGUUGAUGAAUAUCCUGGGUUAGUUAUGCCUGAAUCUUUGGGGGUAUCCGAGAAAAUCAGUAAUGAUUCAAAUGUAGUUGAAAGUUGCAGCAUUGGUAAUGCUGGAACAUCUGCAUAUUCUCACAGUAAGUUGCUGCAAGUAGCUGAGGGUGGUGCACUCUGGGAUAUUUUCCGCCGGGAGGAUGUUCCUAAGCUAAUGGAAUACCUUAAGAGGCACUUUAAGGAAUUCAGGCACAUACAUUGCAAUCAAGUGCCCCAGGUUGUCCACCCAAUUCAUGACCAGACAAUGUUUUUGGGUUCGGAGCACAAAAGAAAACUUAAAAGGGAAUAUGGCAUUGAACCAUGGACAUUUGUUCAAGGACUUGGAGAUGCUGUGUUUAUUCCUGCAGGGUGUCCACAUCAAGUGCGAAAUUUGAAGUCCUGUAUAAAAGUUGCCCUUGAUUUUGUCUCACCUGAGAAUGUUGGGGAGUGUAUUCGAAUGACGGAGGAGUUCCGCCUGCUCCCUCCAAACCAUCGGGCUAAGGAAGAUAAACUGGAGGUGAAGAAGAUGACACUGUAUGCUAUCAAAGAGGCUUUGAAAGUUUUGGGUCAGGAUAUUGCGCCAGAGAGCAAAACAGAGGAACCAAAACUCGAGAAAAUCAAAUCAACAAAGUCCAGAAAAUCCAAGAAGUCCAGAAAGUAGAUUGAUUCUAUAGAUCAGAAAAUAGUUGCAGUGAGGGGCGUUUGUGGCAUGUAUUGGUUUGAAGCUUCCGUACGUGUGUUUCUUUCAGCACUUUUAUCAUCUCAAUCUACGGAGACGAGUAGCCUUUCUUUUGUCCUUAAAACUCAGUAUGCAAUGCUGCAAAGAAAUUAUCAAUGCAUUACUGUAAACACAGAAAAUA